ACAGCCGGCGGCCACUUCCGCUUCCGCCGGGGAGGUCUCCGUUCCGCAGUCAUGGGUCGCUUCAAGUUUGUCGAUAUUGGUAUCAACUUGACUGACCCUAUGUUCAGAGGAAUUUAUAGGGGGGUUCAAAAGCAUCAAGAUGACUUACAGGAUGUAAUAGGGAGAGCUGUCGAGAUUGGUGUUAAAAAGUUUAUGAUUACAGGUGGAAAUCUACAAGACAGUAAAGAUGCACUGCAUUUGGCACAAACAAAUGGUAUUCUCAUAUUUCUUUUACCAAAAAAAAAUGAAUUAAGUAAUUUUGAAGAAGUCUUUCUGAAAACUGCUUCAGAUAUGUUUUUCAGUACAGUUGGAUGUCAUCCUACAAGAUGUGGUGAAUUUGAAAAGAAUAACCCUGAUCUUUACUUAAAGGAGUUGCUAAAUCUUGCUGAAAACAAUAAAGGGAAAGUUGUGGCAAUAGGAGAAUGUGGACUUGAUUUUGACCGACUACAGUUUUGUCCCAAAGAUACUCAACUCAAAUAUUUUGAAAAACAGUUUGAACUGUCAGAACAAACAAAAUUACCAAUGUUUCUUCAUUGUCGAAACUCACAUGCUGACUUUUUGGACAUAAUGAAAAGAAAUAGAGAUCGCUGUGUAGGGGGAGUGGUGCAUUCAUUUGAUGGUACCAAGGAAGCAGCAGCUGCUUUGAUUGACUUGGAUCUUUAUAUAGGAUUUAAUGGUUGUUCACUGAAAACUGAAGCUAAUUUGGAAGUUUUGAAGUCAAUUCCUAGUGAAAAAUUAAUGAUCGAGACAGAUGCACCUUGGUGUGGAAUCAAAAGUACACAUGCUGGAUCAAAAUAUAUAAAAACUGCAUUUCCUACCAAAAAGAAGUGGGAAAGUGGGCACUGCUUAAAAGACAGAAAUGAACCCUGCCAUAUAAUGCGUGACUGGGAGUUAGGCCAGAGAAAGACAAACACCUGGAGCAAAGGCAGACUGCAGAAGGGCCUGGCUAAUCCAGAGGAGCAAGUGUGGCAGAAGGUAGGAUGCACAGGUCAAAUAUUGGAGAUAAUGUCAGCAGUGAGAGAUGAGGAUCCACUGGAAUUAGCCAAUACACUAUACAACAAUACUAUUAAAGUAUUUUUUCCUGGAAUAUAAUUGGUAUAUGUCUUCCACUUUCCAUCAUGUAUGUAAAAUUUCAUAGUAAAACUUACUGAGAGUUUCAAUAAAGAAAUUAUCUCCAA